CUAUGCCAAGUGCUGAGCCAGCUUGUAUUUCGCCUGCCAGGCAAGAAAUAGUUUCACCUAAUUCUUAUCAAUCAUCAAAUUAUAAAAGUGAUACAGGCGAAUUAUUUAUCUCAUCUCAGUAUGUAAAACAGCCAAAAGGCACUAUGUUGAGAUUGAGGGAUGGGAGAGUACUCACGGUUGUCUAACUGGCUUGACUGAUUUGGGCAAUCUUAGUGAAGCAUAUUUCGAUUCUGUGCGAAAAAAUGCAGGAAGAAAAUAGACUUAGCCAUUAAGGCGCUUUGCAAUAUCUUUCAACCGAAUAUUAACAUUAUGUAUCUCUCGACUAUGUUGA